GUCACGUAUCUUCCUUCCCCAAUCCCCACUGUUUUGCAAUUACCUACCAAUUAUAAUUAUUUACUCGAUUCCUGAUUCUCGUCUAGUCCCUUGCUUCUCAUAAUUUUGCGAAUAAAAAUAUAAUGCCUACAAAAUAUAUAUAUAUUCACUGAUAUACGUGUUUUUGAUUGAAGCUAUUUUGUGUGAUAAUUUUUGUGAUACUAGAGUAAAUUAAAGCCGUGACAAAGAUCUAAGUUCCUUCCGUUUGUGACUAAUCGUGUCCUCAGAAGCCUAAUGUAGAAUUAUGACAUAUCAAAGGUUAUUUUUGAUAUAGAUACUUGUGCUCGAAUUUUAUAUUUGUGAUGUCCGACGGCGACCCGUCCCUUGAAGAAGACAUCCCGAAACCUUUAUUGGAGCGGCCGGAAGAAAAUGUGUUCACACCAAAGAUAGCAACGCCAAUAUUCGCUGGCAGCGUAAAGCUUCAUCACAAGCUUUCGGACUCCGCUGAAACGGAGUCGUUCUUAUCAGAUGCUCAACGGAAUGACCUCGCCUUCCAACAGCUGUUCCAAGAUGGAGAUGAGGACCUUCUCGAAAAGGAGAAGCAGGCGGAAGAGAGGAAUGCCGACUUGCACGCCAUGUCGGUGUUGAGCACCUAUCAGGACAACCUCUCGCAGGAUAUGAACACGGAUCGGGAUGGAAGCGAAGCCUCUACUAAAACAGCGGAGGACUGCGGAUGUGGCGUCCAGCCUACAUCAUUCGAUUCGGCCAACAAUAAUGGCAAACCUGCCAACCACUGCGCAAUAGUAAUGGGGGGUAUCCUCAACAACCCCUCUCUUACGUUCAACGAUGGGGUGCGUUCAGUGGACUUCGUGUUGGUCUGGGAGGCGCAUAAAGAGGACGCUACCACUCGAGAGGCGUUUGAACAGAGGAGGAUCUUCGAGCAGAACCUGGAGAAUGAAGGUCUGCAACUGGAGAGAGAGGCCCCGGAGCAUCUGCAUGGGUUGAGCUUUAUUAAGAUCCAUGCACCAUUAGCUGUACUUAGAGAUUAUAGUGAAAUAUUGAAACUUAGGAUGCCAAUGAAGGACUGCAGUAAGAUACGGAAAAGUGGGCGGACGAAUGCGAUACUGAGCGCUGCCAUGUAUAUGUCUAAGUUUUCAGUGUUAAAAGACGCACCAGAAAAGACAAACUCUUUCUUGGACAGCAUAGAUGCAUGCUGGGACAAAGUCAUGUCGAAAAUCAGGGUCGAUCCAAAAUUAUUCCCUGAAAGGAAACACCGUCUCACAGCCAUUUAUUCCAAGGAUAAGGAGUACUUAUUCGACACGACCUCCGACUGUUUCUGGACGCCAUCAAUCCGGUCCCGCAUAGUCCAAUUCAUUCUGGACCGCAAGAAGUUCUCAGAGGCCACUACAGAUGACUUUGCGUUCGGUAUCGCGAGGCUCAUUGCGAAUAAUGUGUAUAGCGCUGCUUAUCCUUUACAUGACGGCGACCUCAAGACCCCUGGAUCUAUGCGACAUUUGUUAUACACGGAAUGGGCCAGCGUGUCCAAAUGCAUCAAAUAUCAACCAUUGGAUUAUGUUAAGGAUUACUUUGGAGUUAAAAUCGGCCUAUAUUUCGCGUGGCUGGGUUUCUAUACGCACAUGCUGAUCCCUGCUUCCAUUGUUGGUCUCUGCUGUGUGAUAUAUUCCGCUGCUACUGUUUACUCUAAUACUCCGAGUGAAGACGUAUGCAACUACAACUCUACAAUAAAGAUGUGUCCUCAAUGUGAUUAUUUUUGCGAGUACUGGGAUCUGAAUGCGACGUGCUUGCAGUCACGAAUUACGUAUCUGUUCGAUAACUCCACUACUGUGUUCUUCGCUAUAUUUAUGAGCUUUUGGGCGGCAUGUUUCCUAGAGCUAUGGAAGCGUUAUUCAGCAGAGAUGACGCACCGCUGGGACCUCACCGGCUUCGACGUGUACGAGGAGCACCCGCGACCGCAGUACUUGGCGAGAUUGGCGCAUGUUAAACGGACACAGUUGAACGUGGUGACGGGAGAACGUGAACCAAUGGUACCGUUCUGGCGAAUGCGUUUACCGGCCACACUAAUGUCGUUCAGUGUGGUCUGUCUCCUGGUACUGUUGGCUCUGGCCACAGUACUGGGCGUGGUGUUAUACCGUAUGUCUUUGCUCGGCGCGGCCAUCUUGCGACAGAACGAUAAUGCUCUAAUUACAUAUAACCCGAUCAUGUUUACGACGGCUACAGCGGCGUGUAUCAAUCUCGUGUUUAUAUGUAUUUUUAAUUAUAUAUAUCAAUUCCUAGCAGAAUGGCUAACAGAAAAAGAGCUCCUACGAACACAAACAGAAUUUGACGAUUCGUUAACACUAAAGAUAUAUUUACUGCAAUUCGUCAACUAUUACGCGUCGAUAUUUUACAUUGCAUUCUUCAAAGGCAAGUUUGUAGGACGUCCAGGGGAUUACAUACGGUUGUUUGGGCACAGGCAGGAGGAGUGCUCGCCCGGAGGCUGUUUCCUAGAACUUUCCAUCCAGCUAGCGAUCAUAAUGGUCGGGAAGCAGUUCAUCAACACCAUAGUAGAGAUGAUGAUGCCCUACCUGCUGAAGUGGUGGAACGUGUUACGAACUAUUGGCAGGAAAAACAAGAUUAAAAGCCGGUUGCAGUGGGUGAAAGAUUUCAAAUUGGUAGAUUUCGGCAAUAUGGGUCUCUUUCCGGAGUAUUUGGAAAUGGUGUUACAGUACGGUUUCGUAACAAUAUUCGUGGCUGCCUUUCCCCUGGCCCCGCUAUUCGCGCUCAUCAACAACGUGCUAGAGAUGCGCUUGGACGCAACCAAGUUCCUGUCGUGCUACCGCCGGCCCGUUCCGCAGAGGGUCAACGAUAUUGGUGUGUGGUACCGCAUACUGGACUCGAUUGGGAAGCUCAGCAUCAUCACCAACGGCUUCAUAAUAGCGUUCACAUCGGACUUCAUCCCGCGUCUAGUAUACCACUAUACUACGGGUUCGCUCCGACAAUACGUGAACCACACGCUGACGGACUUCAACGUGACCGUGUUGGAGCACCCGCCCAUGGGGUCCACGUACAAUGAGUCUAUGUGCAGUUACCCUGGAUAUUGGCACUACAAGGAGGGCGAUGAUUACGAACACUCCAACUGGUACUGGCAUGUGAUGGGAGCUAGAUUGGCGUUCGUCGUUGUUUUUGAGAAUGUAGUAGCCCUCGUAAUGAUAGUAGUCCGCUGGGCGAUACCGGACAUGUCCGGCGAGUUACGCGACCGGAUCCGGCGCGAGGCUUACGUCAUCAACAGCUUCAUUAUGGAAGAGACACGAGCGAGGUCCAUCGCAUCCCGGACCCCACGGGACGAGCGGGGCCCCGAGGGACCCACGUUGAGGACGAUGGGGCCCCUAGGGACCCCAGGGCCCGCGCAAGGUGACACAGAAGAUACACACUGGAAUCACAUAGCCACGCUAUCUGGUUCGGAUUUUGACUUGGCAGCGCACGGCGAACAUCAGGACAUUCGGGACUUGGCCAAACAUGUCAUUCAACCGAACACUGAGACCGGGAGAUCCACACACGUGUGAGGGACAUGUAUUGACACGUUUUGACAUGUCUUGAUGUGUCAGACGUGUUGAGAUGUGGAAAUUGUUGGUAAUUUUAGGUGGUACGUGUGGUGUGUGAGACGUGGUACGACGCGUCAACACGCGUGUGACCACGUGAUUGCAUGUCCUGAAAUGUUAUGAGUCCCUGGCACUGACUGUUAUAUUAGCACACGGUCAAUAAACGUUAUAGACCAUAAGUGGUACUUAUAAUUUUUAUUCUGAGAAAGUUAUAAAGAAUCAAUAAAUGUUAUUUGACAUGUUUAAUGGCCUUGCAUAUAUUUCAAGUAGGUAUUACGAAGAUUUUUGAAAAGUAAGAAUUACUUUAUCGUGUAAGCUAGCAACCACAUAAAAGUUUUUGGGCUGUCUUGUGCCCACUUUGAAAAUAAUUCGAUUUUGAAUAAUUAAUUUCAUUAGUGUUUUUCAUCACAUUUUAAAGCAUUGGAAUUACGAGGUAGA